AUGGGUUCGUCCCUCGUUAGUCACGGGGACUUUAUUGUGUUUAGCUUUGGCCUUUGUAAAGAGCAGGUCGCAAGGAUGCUUGCAGACGUUUUUAAUAAAAUGGUUUUAGUAUCUUUCAGAAUAAACACGGGAAACUUCUUGUUGGAAGUGCAGGUGGAAGGCAGGCCCGGCUGGCUCCUGGCAUGUCACGAGCGGUGGAAUCUCUCCCUGGGGACUCUGAUCUGUAGGCAGCUGGGAUAUCUCCAACUCGCCCAUCACAAAGGAGUGAACCUGACCGAUGUCCAGGUGAACGAGACGCAAGAGUUUGUUCAGAUUGUGCCCAACCAGAAGAGCAGCAUUGAAGCCGUGUGGCAGGUCAGGAGCAGCUGUGCUUCAGGGCGAAUUGUGGCUCUGAAGUGCCGCGAGUGCGGCGUGCGCUCCAGGGCAGCCCGGAUCGUGGGCGGAAGCGACGCCCCAUUGGGACGCUGGCCGUGGCAGGUCAGCCUGUACCUCAACUCCAGACACGUCUGCGGAGGCUCCGUGGUGGCGCAUGACUGGAUCGUCACAGCCGCUCACUGCGUGCACAAUUACAGGCGGCCUGAGGUCUCCAGCUGGCUGGUCUUUGCUGGGAUUAUUGCCCAGGUGUCAGUCCCACAGCAGGCCGGGGCGGCGGUGGAGAAAAUCAUCUACCACCCCCGCUAUGACGACAGGAGUCACGACUAUGACAUCGCACUGAUGAAACUCACAGCGCCCUUGAACUUCUCUGAUGCCGUCCGUGCAGUGUGUUUACCGCUGUACCAGCAGGAUUUCCCCCACGGCACCCACUGCUGGAUCUCCGGCUGGGGCUACACCAGACCUGAACACGUUCCUGUUGCUGAGAUGCUGAAGGAAGCUAUUGUUCCCUUAAUCAGCACCAAGAAAUGCAACAGCUCCUGCAUGUACUCUGGUGAGCUCACCCCCAGGAUGCUGUGUGCUGGCUACCUGGAUGGGAAAGUAGAUGCCUGCCAGGGAGACAGCGGGGGGCCGCUGGUUUGCCAAGAUGAACUCACCUGGCGCUUAGUGGGCAUCGUGAGCUGGGGCACGGGGUGUGCUGAACCCAACUACCCUGGGGUUUACACCAAGGUGGCCAAAUUCCUGGACUGGAUUUAUGAGAUCAUGGAGUCACGUUCGUGGGAAUUGGAGUCCCGCAAUAGGGGGCGGGCGGACUCACUUUCCCGUGGUGCCGCGCGGUGGCGGGCCGCUGAUGAGGAGGUGGCCGGGGGUCUGGCGUACUCGGGCCGGGUGGAGAAGGAGGAUCUGGGCACCCGGAUCGCCCGGCUCUCCCGCCGUGUGGAGGAGCUGAGGCGCGAAGUCUGCAACAUGAUUAACAAGAAAUACAACGAGUUCCUCCUGAGCAUGCAGAGCCCUGAGGACUUGGUGCCACAAGUGGACAGUCUGUCCAGCAACAUCGACCUACUGAAAUCCAGGAUCGAAAAUGAGGUCCGGCAAGAUCUGAAUGUGGCCAUUGCGGAAUUUACUGAAUUGAAGCAGCAGCUGGAGCGAGACUCAUUGGUUCUGAGUGUGCUGAAACAGCUGCAAGAGAGCCACUAGGAGCAAAGCAAGGGACAGGCUGAAGGAGCAGAGCUAUCCCCAGGGUGACAUGCCAAGCAAAGAAGAGUCCAGGACAAAUGUAUCCCCACUAGGGAGCUUUGUCCCAGUUAAUAUGUAGUUACAGUGGAUCGGCAUGAGUUGAAAAGACGGAGGGAGCCGUCAAACCUGCCUGUUGCCAAGGCCUGUAAGGAGGCAUCUCCAGCAGCCCAGGUGUGUUCUCUGGUGUAGCGUGAGGGGCAGCCUCUCUGCUUUUGCCUGUUGCAGCUGAUCCAUAUUAAACAACUAG